AUGCUCGCCGUCUCGCUCGCUGUCAUCCUCGUAUCGGCGGUCAGCGCCGCGAGGGCGAAGACCAUGCGGCUCGUCUCUUCGAAGCGCGAGCCGAUGCGCGACGGCAUCACCCUCGCUGACGGCCAGCAGUGGCACCUGUUCCUAACAACGUCUGGAGCACCGGCCAAAGGCUACCUGCGCUCGACGAACUGCCUGCGAGAGAUACGCGCCGCGCUGGAGAUGGGCAAGCCGCUCGUGCUCGUCCACGAAGCAGACCCGAACAAGGGCGGAGGCACGCUCGCCGAGCUGCGAUCCGAGUGCCCCGAGGUAGAGGAGCUGCAGGCCGCCAUCUUUGAGGCCGGCUGGCCGAUGGUGGUGUGGCAUCGGAUCGAGGACUUCCAGCACGUCUCGCUCAAGGUCAUCGCCGAGGCGCUGCUGCUGCAAAUGCCAACCAACGGUCCUCUGGGCCCCUCGCCCUCAAAUGCCGGGGCGCGAGAGCUCGCAGACGACCUCGCCGCGGCGCGAGCCGACGGCGACGAGGCGACCCACAUGCUGCUCUACUUGAACGAGGCGACCUGGGCCGGCGAUGGCGCCGAGGCGCUCGCAGAGCAGGUGCGUGCCGCGCGCAAGGCCAAGCUGCCGAUCGUCAUGGCGCACGAGAACGACGCCGUCCGCGGCGGCUGCAUCUUUGGGCACUUUUUCGAGGUGACGCCGCGCGACCUGAUCGCCGAUGGGCUGUACGACAGCCUCGCCGUCGGCUCAGCGCUCGGGGCGACCAGGCAACAGGGGGUCUCAUCUCUGGUACGCCUCGCUAGCUUUUGGUCCAGCUCGGCCGGAAUACGCGUCGCCAGCUCCCGGUCCAGCUCGGCCGGCUCCCUCGGUGUCCGCUGCGCUGACGUCGGCGUCCACCGCACCUCCGCAACGGCGGAGCAAGUGACGGGCGACGACCAAGAAGCGGCGGCGCCACCCAGCCUCUUAACCGCCAGCGAGACUCUGCUCAAGCGGCGCCUUCUCGCGGCGGCUGGCUGGGGCAGAGAUUUUUCGAGUAGCAUUCUCGAGGUUCUGGAGUUCUCCAACUGA